AUGAGACGGAAAACCAUGAAUAAGUAAAAGCUAGAAAAAUGUGAGUGUAACUGUAUAUUAAGCUCUCCAAAAAUGUUUUUCUUUGUUGAAAUUGGAUGCAACAGUUUUUCUCCAUUUUCUGCGGCGAUAGUCAGAAGUUGGAGCCCUUAGUAGAGGAGAAGGGGCACACUGUUUCUGUCUGGGUUCAGUUUCUUAUCCUCUACACACAUUUUCACGUUCUGUAUCCACCAUAACACCAGAUUCAGAGCUAUUGUACGGUCGUGCUGCACAGUGACCGUGCAGAUGUUCACAUGAGUGGACAUGUCCUCCGCUGACCAGCAGAAACCGGGUGAAUCCACAUUAUGACUGAAUUAGAAGCUUCUGGGGUGGGAGAGCCUCCCCCGCCCUACAUGAUCUUUCUGGUGGUCUUCCUCUUCUUUCUGACCGGACUGCUGGGCUUCCUCAUCUGCCAUCUACUGAAGAAGAAGGGCUACCGCUGCCGAGCCGGAGACAUGGAUGAUGAAAAGGAGGAGGAGAAGCUCAGAGAAGAUGCAGAUGAGGAGGAUGAAGAGAACCAGGACACAGUGGAGCAGAUCCUCAAAUGCAUCAUAGAAAAUGAAGCUAAUAUGGAAGCCUUCAAUGAGAUGCUGGGGAACCGCAACGUCUGUGAGCGCCAUGAUCCCAGGUUGCGUAAGGAGUCCAUUGGUGGUGUUCCUCCACACCUUCAUACGGUCCACUCAGGCACCGACCACAAUUCCUGCCUCCUUUGUGCCCAGGUUCGGUCUAAAAAGGGCCACAGACACAGCAGAACGCCUCGUUUCAAACAACGUCCUGGAGAGCAGACUGUCUUUUCUGUUGGAAGAUUUCGGGUGACUCACACUGAUAAGAAGCCUCGUGGAGCUGUCUCCAGGGACCAUCUGGACCAGUCCCAGGACAGCGAGGAGAGAAAGGAUGGGGAGUACAAUCUGAGAAACAUGUUUAAAGAUGUUCCUUCAGAAAGUGCCAAUGGAGUAGCAGCAAACGUGGGGAAGAGAAAGAAGAGCGUGACCAUUUUUGGUCUGAGACGGGGCAGUGAUCCCAUAGGAAUAAAAGUAAAAGAGGUGACAGGGAGGGAGGCUGGAGGGAUCAGGUUUGCUAUCCAGCAGCCAUCUAUAGUGGUGGAAGAACCUCUCCAGACGGAGAACAUUGAAGCUGAUCCAAAGCCUGGUUCCAGGCCUGAAACUGAGCCAAAGCAGACUCAGUUUGACCUUAGUCCUGGUCCUGAAUCUGAAACUAAGCUCAAAUCUUCUACUGGGAGUACAGUAGGCUCUGCUCCCAGUUGUCUUCCUGGUUCAUCCGAGAAAACCGUGAACGUUGAUGAUAAAGUGUUAAAGAUCGACGAGUUAUCCAAUCUAGGUCCACAACAGACUUCAACACCUAUAACCCCAAUGCCGCCGUCCAGGUCGGGUUUCACUCCUGAUACUGGUCCCUCUGAACCUCAUUCUAACAAAAGAUUCCCAGUAACCCAAACUCCCCCUGACCCAAGCUCCAGCCCAGACCUGGAGCCAGGUUUUGGUGCUGGUCUAGCUUUAAUAAGCUUAGGGUCAUCCCCACCACCAUCCUUCCCCAACAAGACUCUAUCUUCAGUCUCUUCCUUAAAAACUCCUACCUUGUCCCCGGCUGAGUCACCUAGCCCCAAAAGUAGCUCAAGAAACAAGCAAUCAGAGGAAACAGAAGCUGCCCUCACAACAAACUCGAAACUCCUGCCAGACCUGGAGAAGUCCAGCCCAUCUCCUGAUCCAGCCUUAUCCCUGGGCCAAAGCGCUAGCCCAUUACUAAGCCAGUCUCCAUGCCUGGAUGCUAUUGCUAACCCAUCACCACCACCAACCUCGUCUUCUUCUCCAGCUGACCAAAAUCUCUCCUUCAUAAGUUCCCAUCAUUCUACCCAGAGAUCAACGAAUGUGACGUCUGAACCGUCUAUGACCAAAGAAGAUGUUGCUUCUAGCUUGUCGAUGCAGGAAGAAACAAUCUCAAAGACUGAGGAAAAAAAGGAAAUAAAAAGAGCUGGAAACCUAAAAAUCACGACGCUUGGAGAACCCAAAGCUUUCCACCUUUCCUCUGCUUCACACCAGCUUUCUAAAGACACACUGAGUAGUUUUCCUCCAUCUUCCAGCCCUCAGUCAUCAUCCUCACCCGAAGGAAGCAGAAUCAGCAGUGUGAUGAUUGUUAAAGCCAGUCCUGACAGCAAGAGAGAAUUCUCCGUCAUCACCAUGGUAGAAGAGGAAGCAGAGACCAAUAAACAUACAUUUAAAUUAGAAAAAGCAGAAAUAAGUCCAGUUGAAGGAGGAGAUGUUUGUCCUCCAGGUGUUAGACGAUCUCAGGGUCAGAGCAGUGACAGCUCCGUAACAGAGGUGAUGAUGGAGAUAGAGGAUAUUAGAGACUGUAAGGUUGAACAGGUGGAAGGAACAAAGAGGCUGGAAGAGGAAGGAGAAUCCACCCAAACAGGAAGUCUCCUGCAAUGAUCCAGACAAAGAGCUACGGGAAACUUACAAUAAUAUUAGCAUGCUUUGAAAUAUUUAACCACAGCAGUGAAUAUGAUGAGACUGGACUGGUUGUAGAAGAUGUCCAGCUAAGCAUUAUUUUUUUAUUUAUCUUUUUUUUUUUAGGGGUGGGACUCAAUUAAAAAAAAAUCUCAGUAAUCACAGCCUUUGUAAUUAAUUAAUCUCAAUUAAUCACAUUUUAAUCACAUAACAAUAUUUUCCCCUAAAAAGCAACAUGUUUUAAUUUAAACAGAUUUUAGUGGAAAACUAAAUCAAAUAAUAGACAGACAUUAAUAUUGUA